AUGACAAUUAGUAAGAUGAUUGAUAGUCGCCUAGAUGUGAUAAAGUUGUACGAAGAAGCUAUGGCAAUGAAAGGUUAUAACGAAGAGUUCCUCGGUGAUGCUUUUGAUUAUUUGGUGCAAAGCGAUACUUUGGCGAAGGCAUUCAUGGCAAAAAAUCAAAAUCUCUGUAAGGUUGACCCUGCUGAAAGACCUCCGAUUUUGAGUUAUCCUCCGAAUAUUCAUGAUGAGAUAAGAAGGGCAUAUAUUCUAAAACAUCCUUUCCAACCUCGAGAUCAUGAGUUUCCUCAAACAGACUUUUUUGAAAUUCCACAUUGUUUUGUUUCUAAAUGGUUUGAUGAAUAUUUUGAUUGGUUGGAAUAUAGUGUAAGUACAGAUGCAGCUUAUUGUUUGCCUUGUUAUUUAUUUCAAGGCGAAAGCAUUCAUCAAGGUGGUGGUAAUACAUUUUCCACGAAGGAAUUUAGAAAUUGGCACAGAAAAGAUAGCUUUGCAACACACAUUGGUCCUCCGAAUAGCAUUCAUAAUCAAUCAAAAAGGAAGUGUGAAGAUCUUAUUAGGAAGGAACAAUCUAUUGAGGUGACAUUUUACAAGUUGGACGAGAAAAGUAAGAAUAAAUAUCGAGUUCGGUUAAAUGCUUCAAUCGAUGUGGUCCGAUUUCUUCUAAAUCAAGGUUUAUCACUCCGAGGUCAUGAUGAAAGUGAAUCAUCCUUGAACAAAGGUAAUUUUCUUGAAGCACUUUCUUGGAUUGAGGAUAGAUGUGAUGACAUUAAAACUUAUGUGUUAGAAAAAACUCCAAAAAAUAAUAAAAUGAUUUCUCAUGAUAUUCAAAAAGAUAUUGUGACCGCGUGUAAGAUUAAAACUAUCAAAGCUAUAAUAAAGGAUUUAGAUGGUGACUACUUUGCUUUGUUGGUUGAUGAAUCAAGAGACAUAUCAUGCAAAGAGCAAAUGGCUAUUUGUUUACGAUAUGUUGAUAAAAGGGGAUUUGUGAUGGAAGCAUUUAUUGAACUUAUUCAUGUUAAAGAUACUAGUGCAUUAUCCCUAAAGAAAGCAAUUGUGGAUGUACUUGCUCACCAUUCUUUAACUUUAGCUUAUGUACGAGGGCAAUGUUAUGAUAGAGCAAGCAAUAUGCAAGGUUUAGCACUCCGCGGUCAUGAUGAAAGUGAAUCAUCCUUGAACAAAGGUAAUUUUCUUGAUGCACUUUCUUGGAUUGAGGAUAGAUGUGAUGACAUUAAACCUUAUGUCUUUGAAAAAGCUUCAAAAAAUAAUAAAAUAAUUUCUCAUGAUAUUCAAAAAGAUAUUGAGACCGCGUGUAAGAUUGAAACUAUCAAAGCUAUAAUAAAGGAUUUAGAUGGUGACUACUUUUCUUUGUUGGUUGAUGAAUCAAGAGACGUAUCACACAAAGAGCAAAUGGAUAUUUGUUUACGAUAUGUUGAUAAAAGGGGAUUUGUGAUGGAAGCAUUUAUUGAACUUGUUCAUGUUAAAGAUACUAGUGCUUUAUCCCUAAAGAAAGCAAUUGCAGAUGUACUUGCUCACAAUUCUUUAACUUUAGCUUAUGUACAAGGGCAAUGUUAUGAUGGAGAAAGAAAUAUGCAAGCUAUAAUAAAGGAUUUAGAUGGUGACUACUUUGCUUUGUUGGUUGAUGAAUCAAGAGACGUAUCACGCAAAGAGCAAAAGGCUAUUUUCUUACGAUAUGUUGAUAAAUGGGAAUUUGUGAUGGAAGCAUUUAUUGGACUUGUUCAUUUUAAAGAUACUAGUGCUUUAUCCGUAAAGAAAGCAAUUGUGGAUGUACUUGCUCACCAUUCUUUAACUUUAGCUUAUGUACAAGGGCAAUGUUAUCAUGGAGCAACCAAUAUGCAAGAAGAACUUAAUGACCAAUUUAAUGAGGUGACAAGUGAUUUGCUUAAUGGGGUAGCUUGCUUGAAUCCAAUUGAUACAUUUUCUAGUUUUGACAUCCAAAAGAUAUUGUUGAUGGCUAAAUUAUGUCCUGGUGACUUUGAUGAGGUCAACAUGAGGGUUCUUGAGAAUCAACUUAUUAAUUAUAUUAUUGAUGUUCGUGAUAUUGAUAAAAGAUUCUCCAAUUUAGGCGGACUUGGGGAACUUUCAAGAAAGUUGGUUGAGACAAAGAAGAAUUUAACCUAUCCUCUUGUAUUUCUUUUAGUGAGUUUGCUUUGGUUCUACCCGUUGUCACUGCAUCAAUUGAAAGAGCUUUUUCGGCAAUGA